AUGAAAGGACUUGAUCCCGCAAUCACAUUUCUUUACGAUAAAAAGCUCAUUCCAGAUUGGAAUACAGGCACGCUAUCGCCAGACCAUUAUUCUGCUUUGCACCUGGCUACAAUGUUCGGCAAACUCAGCACUGUGAAGCUUUUGAGCAUAUGCGGAGCAGAUUUGAACGUGGUGGGUGGUAUCGAUCACCAUACAGCACUUCACCAAGCAGCAAAGAGAGGAUUACACGAAUUUGUCACUGCGCUCCUUGAAGGUGGGUGCAAACCAAACGAGCUUGAUAUCCACGGCAUGACACCCGAGCUUCUAGCUAUUGAACACGGACAUCAGGCUGUUAUAGAAAUUCUAGGUCGACAUCUCGACGCACUGGAAGCAAAGGAAACAGCCACCCAGGACGACUCCACAGGCUCUCCUCUCAGCGGCUCCCACUCACCAUCUACCGAUGAUAACAGUAGUAUCAAAAGCUUCUCCUCGGACAGCUCCGACACUUCCACCAAUACGAUAGCUCGUUCAACCAUUCCCAAAAGGCCAUGGCGCCUGCCUCUUCAUCGAGGUCCUGGCAUUCGAAAGAUCAUGACGGAGGAUUUGUCAAUAUAUGCAAUCAACGAGAAAGAAUGUCCCGAAGAAUUGCGGAAGAUGCUUGAAGAAAAUGAGGGGAAGCAUGUUGAGUCUCUUGGGAAUCCGUUUCGACGACGCAUUUGA